AUGUGUCACAGCUUACGAUCAAUAAUCACUGUGGAGCCUGUCCUUUUUCUCUUUAUGACUGGAAUAUUCCUGCAAACACCAGCCUAUCAACAACUAAUAUUAAAUAAGGUUUGCCAGGAAUCUUACAAUCACUCAAUAUGUGGAAAUAUUCAGGAAAAUAAAGAAGAAUUCAAAGCUGUUCAAAGCAGAGGAUCAUACAUAAUGUUAAUUCAAAUUGCCAUUAUGAGUCUGUUGUCCAUCUUACCAGCUCUCUUUCUUGGAGCAUGGUCAGACAUGGGUAGCCGCAGAGUAGGAAUGAUGCUGCCUUGUGUCUUCGCUGUUGCAAGUGGGGGACUCUACAUUGCCAUAUACUAUAUUAAAAGCAUGACUGUGUACUGGGCAUUUGCUGCUGCUGUGUUGAUUGGUAUCUCAGGAGGCCAUGUUUCCAUGUUUUUAAGUGUAUUCAGCUACUUAGCUGAUGUAACAGAAAGUGUGAACCGCACUUUUCGUAUAGGCAUUGCUGAAUCUAUGAUAUUUCUUGGAGGAACAUUUGGCUUUCUGCUCAGUGGACUGCUUCUUGAACAUAGUACAUUUCCCGUUUUAUUUGGAGUGUACUGUGGCUGCAAUUUGCUUGGAGCUUUAUACAUCUUGAUUUGGCUGCAAGAAUCAAAACCGUUAAAUAGAUUUAGCAGACUUUAUGAAGAACAUCAUGGUGGAGAUGAAAGUGAAGAAAUAAAUAUACCUGCAAAGAAAUCAGUUCUGACUUAUAUCAAAGACUCCUUCAAUACCAUAGUCAAAAAGCGUGAAGGUCAAAAUCGAUUGAAAAUUCACCUGAUUCUGUUGUGUGUUUUCAUGAUCAAUCUCUGCAAUGUUGGGGAGCAGUCAAUAUCACUAAUGUUUGUAAGUUACCCUCCAAGAAGCUUCAAUAAUGAGCAGUACGGCUGGUACACAGCUUCCAAAAUGUUGAUUUCAGGAUUAUGUUUAAUCUUCACUUUUCAUUGGCUUUUAAAACACAUAAAAGAAACAAGGCUUGCCAAUAUUGGAGUUAUCAUGAGAAUGGUUUCUUUCUUGAUUAUGGCUUUUUCAAGUACAAAGUGGAUGGUGUUUUUAGGUGGUAUAAUAUAUGCUCCAAGUGGAUAUACUAUAGCAGUUCUGCGAUCUGUAUCCUCGAAAAUUGCGUAUCCAAAUGAACAAGGUGCAAUGUUUUCCAUAAUGGCGUCAGUUGAAACUAUAUGUUUACUCUUUGGUGCAGCAAUAUUUAAUGGAAUUUACCCUGCUACACUAUCAACAUUUCCAGGAAUGUGCUUCGUUAUUAUGGCAACAUUCCAGAUAAUCACUUUUGUGUUGAUUCAGUGGAUCAGUGAAAUACCUACUGAACUCCCUAAGGUGAUCAUCAAUGAAGAAUAAUUCUUAGGCAAAAGAUUAGUAUGUAAA